AUGUUGAAACAUCAACUUCACCAAUCUCAAUCUUCCAAACCCCUCUUCUCAUUGGCCAACAAGCCAUUUCUCCAUGGAAAUGGCGCCUCCGCCAAUGCUUUUCUUCCACUUCAUUCACGACCUUCCCUCAAGAAAUCUCCGAAAAUCCGUAUUGGGUUCGUCCCCUCCAACAUCAAAGCCUCAGUAGUCGAUUUAACCGAACGAAAAACCACCGCUGUUAAGGCUGUUGUCACUGUGAUUCCAACCGUCAGUAGUUUGCUUUCUAGCAUUUCUAUUGACAGCAGUUUGGAUACUUCACAAGAUGCCCUCGGAAAAUCUCUCCCCUUGGAGCUCUCAUACUUGCCAUCAAACACACCGAAUGGACUAACAAGGCUGAGAGCCGAAGAGCUUGUCAAUCUGCAAGGCACCGGACAAGGAGAGCGCAAGAACACCGAGAGAAUUUACGACUAUGAUGUGUACAAUGAUCUUGGAAACGCCGACAAGAGCAAUGAUUUGGCUCGGCCGGUGCUCGGCGGGAAACAACACCCUUACCCUCGACGUUGCAGAACAGGGAGGCCUCAGUGUGACAAAGAUCCAUAUUCUGAGAAAUUAGCCACCAACACAAUCUACGUACCCAGAGAUGAGGCCUUCUCAGACAUAAAAGAGCUAACAUUUUCAGCCAAAACUCUCUACUGCGCCCUGCAUGCUUUAAUCCCGACGAUCCAAACUUCGAUCGUCGACUCCGAUCUAGCGUUUCCAUACUUCACAACCAUAGACUCCCUCUUCAACGAAGGAAUCAACUUUCCCCCACUCACUAAACAAGGAUUCUGGAAAACACUCAUCCCCAGAUUGGUGAAGGGCAUUGAGGAUAGCAGUGAAGAUGUGCUGCGUAUCGAGACUCCUGAAGCCAUGGCCAGAGAUAGAUUUUUUUGGUUUAGGGAUGAGGAGUUUGCUCGGCAAACUCUUGCUGGUCUCAACCCAUUAUGCAUAAAAUUGGUCACGGAAUGGCCAUUGAAAAGCACGCUCGACCCUGCAGUUUAUGGUCCACCAGAAUCAAAAAUCACCACAGAGAUCCUCGAGAACGAAAUCAAAGGCUUCAUGACUGUCUAUGAGGCCAUCAAACAAAAGAAGCUGUUCAUUGUAGAUUACCAGGACUUGAUGCUACCCUAUGUUCAGAAAGUGAGAACGUUAAAGAACACAACGCUUUAUGGAUCUCGCACGGUGUUUUUCCUAACCCCAGAUGGCACGUUGAGGCCUCUGGCCAUCGAGCUCAUUCGACCUCCGAUGGACGGCAAACCCCAGUGGAAAGAAGUGUACACUCCCAGUUGGAACUCCACAGAUUGCUGGCUAUGGAGAUUGGCUAAAGCUCAAGUCCUCGCCAUUGAUGCUGGCUAUCACCAGCUUAUUAGCCAUUGGUUAAGAACUCAUUGUUGCACAGAACCUUAUAUAAUUGCCACCAACCGGCAACUCAGUGUGAUGCACCCAAUCUAUAGACUAUUGCACCCACAUUUCCGGUACACAAUGGAGAUCAAUGCCCUAGCUCGAGAAAAGCUAAUCAAUGCUGAUGGGAUCAUCGAAAGCACUUUCUCACCUGGCAAGUUCUCCAUGGAGCUCAGCUCUGCUGUAUACGACGCGGUGUGGCGUUUUGACCAGGAGGCACUGCCUCAAGACUUAAUCAACAGGGGGAUGGCUGUUGAAGAUCCCAAUUUUCCUCAUGGCCUAAAGCUCACAAUUGAAGAUUACCACGCCAAUGAUGGACUUGUUCUCUGGGACGCAUUGAAACAAUGGGUGACCGAUUAUGUAAACCACUAUUACCCUGAUCCAAAACUUGUCACCUCCGAUCAAGAGCUCCAAGCAUGGUGGAAAGAGAUCAAAAACGUCGGACAUGGAGAUAAAAAGGAUGCGCCAUGGUGGCCUGAGCUCAAAACCCCGAAAGAUUUAAUCGAAAUAGUCACAACCAUCGCAUGGGUGGCCUCCGGUCACCACGCAGCCGUAAACUUCGGGCAGUACCCAUACGGAGGCUAUUUCCCAAACAGGCCAACCAUUGCAAGAAUCAACAUGCCCACAGAGGACAACUCCGAAGAGGGCUGGAAAUUCUUAUUGGAGAAGCCGGAAGUUGUGCUUUUGAGAUGCUUUCCGUCACAGGUUCAAGCGGCGACGGUGAUGACGGUGCUGGAUGUGCUCUCGAAUCACUCUCCGGACGAGGAGUAUUUGGGGCAGCUGGCGGAGCCCGCGUGGGAGGAGGAUCCGCUCGUGAAAAGUGCUUUUGAGAGGUUUAAUGGGAAGUUGAAGGAGUUUGAGGGAGUUGUGGAUGCAAGGAAUGCGAAUAAGGAGUUGAAGAACAGAAAUGGAGCUGGGAUUACGCCGUAUGAGUUGUUGAAGCCGUUUUCCGAUUCUGGUGUCACCGGAAAAGGAGUUCCUUAUAGCAUUUCCAUCUAGGGUUGAGAUCUAAUAACAAUGAGAAACUAAGAGGAAUAAUAAAUGUGUGCAUGAGAAUGCAUGAAAAUGUUUCACCGAGAAAAUUCUCUUUCC